CCCCCGGUCCUCUAUCCUAAUCUAAGUUUAGGUUGUGACCGAGCCAAGAGUGGGUGCUAAAGCAGCGGGCCUCAGGUGUCUAGGCCUCCAGGUCCCUGGGGACUCUCAGGUUGAAGCCUUACAGAGACUGGGCUGAGGCUCCAGAGUUUCUCCCAGACCCCGCUGCUCUACACCGCUGGAAACAACGCUUCAUCGCAGCAUGGCCACCAGCCUUAGUGCAGACAGUCCACAGCAGCCGAGUUCGCUGUCCACCCAGCAGACCACUCUUCUGCUACUCCUCUCCGUCCUGGCCGCUGUGCACGUAGGCCAGUGGCUGCUGCAACAGUGGAGACGGAAACCGUGGUCCUCGCCCCCGGGUCCCUUUCCUUGGCCACUGAUCGGAAACGCUGCGGCUGUUGGCCAGGCGUCGCACUUGUACUUCGCUCGCCUUGCAAGGCGCUAUGGCGACGUUUUCCAGAUCCGUCUGGGCAGCUGUCCCGUGGUGGUGCUGAAUGGCGAGAGUGCCAUCCACCAGGCCCUGGUGCAGCAGGGCAGCAUCUUCGCGGACCGGCCGCCCUUCGCCUCUUUCCGUGUGGUGUCUGGUGGCCGCAGCCUGGCGUUCGGCCACUACACGGAGCGCUGGAAGGCGCAGCGCCGCGCCGCCUAUAGCACGGUGCGUGCCUUCUCCACGCGCCACCCGCGCAGCCGCGGGCUCCUCGAGGGCCACGCGCUGGCAGAAGCUCGAGAGUUGGUGGCCGUGCUGGUGAGGCGCUGCGCGGGCGGCGCCUUCCUCGAUCCGACACAGCCGGUCAUCGUGGCUGUGGCCAAUGUCAUGAGCGCUGUGUGCUUUGGCUGUCGGUACAACCACGACGAUGCGGAGUUCCUGGAGCUGCUCAGCCACAAUGAGGAGUUUGGACGCACGGUGGGUGCGGGCAGCCUCGUGGACGUGCUGCCCUGGCUGCAGCUAUUUCCCAACCCAGUGCGCACCACCUUCCGCAAGUUCGAGCAGCUCAACCGCAACUUCAGUAACUUUAUCCUGGACAAGUUCCUGAGGCACCGCGAAAGCCUGGUGCCGGGGGCUGCUCCUCGAGACAUGACGGACGCCUUCAUCCUCUCUGCCGAAAAGGCGGCGUCCGGGGGCCCUGGUGACGAUCCCUCCGGGCUGGACUUGGAGGAUGUGCCUGCCACUAUUACGGACAUCUUCGGAGCCAGCCAGGACACCCUUUCCACCGCGCUGCUGUGGCUGCUCAUCCUCUUUACCAGAUACCCGGAUGUGCAGGCCCGCAUGCAGGCUGAGUUGGACCAGGUUGUGGGGAGAGACCGCCUGCCCUGCCUAAGUGACCAGCCCCGCCUGCCAUAUGUCAUGGCGUUUCUUUACGAAUCAAUGCGAUUCUCCAGCUUUUUGCCUGUCUCCAUUCCGCAUGCCACCACCGCCAACACCUUUGUUUUAGGCUACUACAUCCCCAAGAAUACGGUCGUUUUUGUUAACCAAUGGUCCAUGAAUCAUGAUCCAGCGAAGUGGCCUAACCCUGAGGACUUUGACCCAGCCCGCUUCCUGGACAAGGAUGGCUUCAUUAACAAGGCACUAGCCAGCAGUGUGAUGAUAUUUUCAAUGGGCAAACGGCGGUGCAUCGGUGAGGAGCUGUCGAAGAUGCUUCUGUUUCUCUUCAUCUCUAUCCUCGCUCACCAGUGCAAUUUCAAGGCUAACCAAAACGAACCCUCAAACAUGAGUUUCAGUUACGGCCUGACCAUUAAGCCCAAGUCGUUUAAAAUCCACGUGUCUCUCAGGGACUCCAUGGAGCUCCUUGAUAGUGCUGUUCAAAAGCUUCAAGCUGAGGAAGCUUGUAAGGGAGAGGCCGGAAGUGGUGAAAUGUUUGAGGAAAACCCAUCUCAUUAACUGGGAAGGAAAAUAGAUUUUUCCCCCAGCUUUAUUUUGGCCUCAGUUCCCAAAAGUGAAUGGAAACCAAGUGACCUGAAGGCGAGGCAUGCUUACCAAUUCAUGGCUCCUCUGGCCUGUGCUGGAGUCCCUGAAAGUAUUUUGGAACUGAGGAGUAAAAGGGCCCAAGGAAUUUGGAUCCUGUUGUUUUAUGUUUUUUGAUUUUUUUUUCAAUGAAACACAUGCACACACAUCAACAUGUGUGCACAGCUAUCUAACAAAGUAUUUCAGUAACUCUGCCUUUUUGGGUAGAUUUGUGAGGGAACUUCUAUGGGCAGAAAUUGACCCCAUAGGAAACUUCAGUGAGCAAAGGCUUAGGAUAUACACAAGAUUCCAAGACAAGUGAUUUCAGUGUAAAAUGUAAAGACCAGAAAUUCUUCUACCGAGAGACAACUUGCUUAGAAAAAUGCUUCAACUGCUUUGUAGCCCUGUAUGAGGCUUUCUUUCUGCCUGCAGAAAUGCCUCCCACUUUACAAUGGACCAUAAAGUCAGCUGCUCCCCAAGAAUUUAUGGUUGAUUUAAUAACUACAGUGGGUUUUAGAGAUUACUGAAUUUAAAGGUAAAUUGUUAAGAUGGCAAAAAGUUAAAGCUGUACCUCAUUUGUCUGCUCAAAUGAAGUAUUCCAGUUAUAAGGGGGAAAAAGAAUUGCCAGGCUAGCAAGCUUUCAAGUUUGGGAUUGCAAUAAAGUGGUCUUGGUAAUAAGUCUGAUAAGCCAAAAAAGAAAAGUUUACAUAAUUAUUCAUAAACAUAUGAAUACUAACUAUUUGAUCAGGAAAACCCUUGAAUAAUAUAUUUCUUAUGUCAUAUUGCAAACCAAAAAGUCUAAUCAGUUGAAUGAAAUUUGCCCAAAUCCAGGAAACGGGUCUGACUAAAUCAGUCUGUUUUGACAUGGGGAGCCGAGUAACAGAAAGAUAUUUUCUUAUAUAUAGUUCAUACAAGGGACAAAUCUCAAAACUAAACCAGCAAAAUAUGUUCUGCUCUGGUAAUUGUACUACACAGCUGCUUCUUUUGGAAUUGACCCCACUAAUAUGGUAAGAUUCCAAGCUCGUGGCUUGCUUCGAUUUUAAAUUAGUUUAAAAAUCCAUCUUGGUUAUUUCGUUUCAGUUGAAGCUAGAGAAAAUAUGGUCAUUAUCCCAGAGAAGUUGAGAUAGCUAGCCUUUGCCUAAGGACAAAUGCCAAAUGCAUAAAAAUAAAUAAAUAAAUAAAUAAAUAAAUAAAUAAAUAAGUACAGGCCAUGAAUGUUCUGGGUGUUCGCAUUGGAGACCGUAUGAUAGGACACUCACUACAACCAGUAGUUGGUAGUUUCUUUUUAUAUAUUCUUACUGUUGUUGUUGAGGUUGUUUUGUACAUUGAGUAUUAAGGUCUGUGGGUUUUUUUUUUUUUAAGUCAGAAUCUGAAGACUGUCUUGGGAGGCUGUUUAGCAACUGCUUCUUGAGACAGCGGAGCCAGCUAAAAUCAGCUCUCUCAUUUAGGAUGGCACAUGAUGAGCAGCUACUUCCUGGAAGCUGAGAGAGGAGAAAUAUAUGUAUUUGAAUUAUGUAAACAAUCCGAAAGCCCUUUAAGAAGGGUUGGAUGAGUGGAAAAGUGGGGACAGGGCCCAUGGGGGUUUCCCGUUUCUGGUUUCAUUGCAAUUAGCCGGAACAAAAGACGCCUGCAGCACUCAGAGAGCUGACUGUUGGCUCUGUUUCAUUAUGCUUCUUGGAAUUUUCAUAUCAAAAUUAUAAAGGAAGGAGUGUGUGAUGCUCUUUGGGUGCAGAGGCCAGGAGUCGCAAGACAGAGAAAGCAUGAACAGAAGAGAGAUGUCUAAAUGGUCCCCAUUCACUCCAAAUUAGUUUCCUGAACUAUAAAGUUUGAGGCAUGAAUGUUUAGAAAAGAGGGGUUUUGAGCAGUGGGCCUUACCUUCAAGUGUCUCUUAAGAGUGGCUGGAGCCCUGGUCCUUGCCUCCUCUCUCCCCCAUCCACAUCUAUUUUGUAGUUGGGACUGAAUUAUUAAAAAUAUAAUGUAAUCCUUAUUUAAAUUUCUCACAACAGAACCCCUUGAAUGUGAAACACAGGUUGUAUCAGUAUUUUUAAAGGCCUUAAUUUCAACUACAAAAUUAAUUCUAUGCAAUAAUUUUUAAGUUUUUCAGACAUUUUAAAAGCAUGCACCUCAGUAAAGCUGGGCCAGUGAUUUGAGCUUCCGUGGUCCCUUUACAAUGAGAAAUUUAUAGCAGUGAAAGUCUCCACAUACCAAUCUGGACUCCUCAUCAAGCCAACCAGACUCAGAUGUUUUGUGAAUGUAGGGAUCCUUUUCAUCUGGAUGCUUUCAGCCAAGGAGAAAGUAGGGGGGUUACUUUGUUUAAUAUAUUCAGAACCUAGUGAAAGAAAGAAGGAUACAAGCCAGAAAGGAGUAAUUGUCAUAUUUGGAAGCUCUAAUAGAUUACUGGCUUAGUCAGAAAGCCCACGUUUAUUUCUGCUACAGAGGAACUUCUUUUGUGGGUCACCAUGUUCAUCAGAGUACCUACUUCAAGUCAGUGCAGUAAAGCAUGUUUUUAUUAAAUGCCUCAUUUGUAUAAAAAUAGAUGCCUCGGGUGUGUUUUAUGGAUUAAUCAAGAGUUCAUGCCCCAGAACUUAGCCUUUACCUGUGAACUAUCAGCACACUCUUAUGUAUUCCCACCAGGGCUGUAUUAGGUGAAGAAUAUAGAUCACCAUAUAUGCUAAUUAGUAUGUUUUUAGCUGCAACACAAUUGUAUGAUAAAAGGUGUAUGUUACCAGGAAUAACUCCCUAGUUAGUUUCUUCUUGUAUUUUUGUACUUUGUCAUAUAUGUUCUUAAUAUGUAUAUAGCUGAUACAGUACACACAGCUCCUCCCCACACAGAAUUAACUAACAUGUAGCUUCUUCUACCUUCUGAUAUAUGAAAAUUUAAAAUGUCGUCUUCAUUAUCUUUCAUGAAGCAUUGUUACCUAAACAAUAAAAUCCACUGUCAUAAUUCUAUGAAAUUUUUUUUAUAUUACAGGACAUAUAGUCUAAUUGGUCAUUUAUUUCUACUGUUAUCAUGUGCCUUGCAUUGAAAACUGUGGUAUAUGGUUCUAGCAGUCCCUACAUGUGUUAAUUCAGCUUUCAUAACACUAUGUGAUAUGUACCUGCUUUCAACAUUGUUAUAUAUAUAUCAGUGUAUUACUCCUUAAUGUUAACAAAAAGAAAAAAAUGCAUUACAAACAUUUUCUUUGAUCAUUCCUGUUUUCUCUGAUCAUAGCCUGUUUCCUCUUUUAUUUUUUCUAGUUUCUUAAUUCAAUAGUUUUUCAGCAUCCAGUUUUCUAGCAAAUCCCUGAUCUUUACAUUAUUAAACUUAUAAAGA